CGCAGCAUCGCCUCCUCGCGCUUUCAGAGACGCAGAGCGGCGGAGUAGCGGAGCCAUGGGAAAGCUUCAAGAAUUUGAUAUCACUUUUACCAACAGCAAGGUGGUUUACGGUCCGGGGGAGUCUAUAAGCGGGACGGUGAAAAUACGAACCAGCAGCCCGCUGCAGUACAAAGCCAUCAAGGUGAACUGUCAGGGCUCAUGUGGAAUCUCCAACAAAAUGAAUGACACCUCAUGGACUCUGGAGGAGCAGUACUUCAACAGCACAUUGUCUGUAGCUGACAAAGGAACUCUGGCGGCGGGCGAACACAAUUUUCCUUUCCAGUUUCUCAUUCCAGUUGCUGCUCCAACUUCCUUUGAGGGACCAUUUGGGAAGAUUAUUUACCGUGUGAGAGCAGCCAUCGACACUCCCCGCUUCUCAAAGGACUACAAAGCCCAGAGACCCUUCUAUCUACUCAACCUGCUAAACCUCAAUGAGGUGCCUGAGAUUGAACAUUCGAGUUAUGCUGUGACCACUAAGAAAUUCAGCUACCUCCUGGUGAAGACGGGGACCCUGAUGCUGAAAGCUCGCAGUGACCUGAGGGGCUACAUCCCGGGUCAGGUCAUCAAGUUAGCUACCGAGAUCCACAACAAGUCUGGGAAGGACACGGGAUGUGUGCUGGCCAGUCUCAUACAGAAAGUGACUUAUAAGACCAAGCGGCCUUUGUUUGACCUGCGGACCAUCGCGGAGGUGGAGGGAGCUGGAGUGAAAGCAGGAAAACACGCAGAGUGGAGGGAGCAGAUCAUCGUCCCUCCUCUUCCUCAGUCAGCGCUGGCCGGCUGCAGCCUCAUAGACAUAGACUAUUUCAUUCAGGUGUCACUAAAAUCGCCAGACGCGGUCGUCACUUUGCCCAUCUACAUUGGGAACAUCGCUGUGAACUUGUCUCCUUCGAGGCCCAGUCCCUCCAGUCCAGACCACUGCGGCGCCGCCAUCGCCCCCGGUGCUACAGGGGUGACUCCCAGUGCCCCGCCAGCAGAGGAUGAGCCAGAGGAGGGGUUGUGUGCAGGGGGCAUGGCCAGUGAAGAGAUUCCAACCAAGAGUCACUCUCAGCAGGAUCCCUCAGGUCAGCCGGUCACCAUGUCCCCCAGCGCCUUCAGCCACGCACCAGGUGCAGCACUUCCUCCCAGCCACAGACGGCCUGAUGCGUCUGCUCCGCUCUUCUGUGUGUCCACCGGGGCCACCAUACCUUUCUUCACAGAGGGAAACGUGACUCCUGUACCCACUUCCUGUUCUCUCAUUCUCCCUCCAGAGUACAGCAGCUGGGACUACCCUCAUGAGCCCCCACCUUCUUAUGAGGAAAGCUGCAGUAGCGCCAACUCCAGUUUCAACAGUAGACAGUAGAGAAGAAUCAGGUGAUGAAGCAUUAUGACCACGCCCACCCACACCUGUCUGCGCUCGCCUCUCUACAAAUCGGGACAAUCAGACACGCUGGGUGAAAGAGGAUGGACAGUAACCCCCUACACCCCCACCCCACCCCCAAACACCCCAAAGAUUUUUUUCUUUGUCCUCUAAUAAUUAAAAAAAAGGGAUCAUAUCUUAUAUUGAAUAUAAGAGUUUUAAUUUCACCUCAUGUCCCAGCAGGUCGUGCCAGACAGAGCGGGUGAAUAUCACUGUGCCUAAAAGAAGUAUUUUGGAUUGUCACACAGCAUUUAGAAUAAUCUGUGAUUGGACUUGUUUCCUUCCUGAGGUGGGGGCAGGGUAAAUUCUCUCUCUCUCUUUUUUUUUUUUUUUUAAUGAAUUGUUGCAUCUGUGAUGCCUUGAAAAUGAUUUUGGCCUGCUGAAGGCUCGAGUUUGACAAGACCAAACGUUGGCCUUUUUUGUGGUGUCGUUCCUGUUGUGCACUUGUUAUUGUGGUUCACUUGUGUCUACAGUGCACUCAGGAAGUAUUCAGACCCCUUCACACUUUUUUCCACAGUUGGUUAUGUUGCAGCUUUAUGCCAAAUCUGUUUAAAUUCGUUUUUUUCCCUCAUCCAUCUUAGUACUUAGUCGAAGCACCUUUGGCAGUGACUAUAGCCUCGAGUCUUCUUCGGUAUGUCACCACACGCUUUGCACACCUGGAUUUGGGGAUUUUCUUUUCAUUCUUCUCUGCAGACCCUCUCAAGCUCUGUCAGGUUGGAUGGGGACCAUCAGUGUUCAGGUCUCUGCAGAGAUGUUUGAUUGGGUUCAAGUCAGGGCUCUGACUGGGUCCCUUAAGGACACUCACAGAGUUGUCCCUAAGCCAUGUCUGCAUUGUCUUGACUGUGUGCUUUGGGUCAUUGUCCUGUUGGAAGAUGAACCAUUGGCCCAGUCUGAGGUCCUGAGCCCUCUGGACCAGGUUUUCAUUGAGGAUUUCCCCGUACUGUGCACUGUUCAGCUUUCCCUCCACACUGGUCAGUCUCCUUGUUGUUGCAACAUAACAAAAUGUGAAAAAAAUGAAGGGAGUUGAAAACUUUGUGAGUGAACUGUGGGUGUGUCUCAAAUGUCCUCAUCAUCAGCAGGGCAGAGCUGUCUUCAUGCUGGAUAUCAAAAGGAGAGUUAACAGUCACAGUUCCUAGUCUGUCUGUAAAACUAAUUAAAACCCCCGUGUGUAGGAUCUUUUUUGUGAUUAUAGCAUCUUCUAAUAGCAUGGUCAGGUUUUUUUUUUAAUCCUGCACAGAGGGGCGUUAAAGGGAAAUAAUUAGAAAACUCCUCUUGAAAGUUACUUGAAACAGGUGGCAGUUAGAAAAAAUACUCAAAAUACUUAUGCAACCAACCAACACAUUUUUUAAAAACAUUUUUAUUUAUUUAAUUGUUUUAAUGACAUGAAUUAACCAAUUGGAAUAAUUACAUAUUUAUGUUUAAAAAAAGAUUUUCUCUGUAAGGGAUCAUCUAUGAUGAGAAAAAAGUGAAAAUGUAAAAUUCAACACACAGAAGAGCACAUACACUGACAUGCUCUGUGUUUGCAAGUAAUAAAUUAUUUUAAAAAUCCAGAUAUAUUUCAUCUCUGUGCUGCCACCUUGUGUUGACUCUUAUAACUGAGAGGUUUUGCUUUGAGACCAGUUUUGUAUUCAGGGGUUAGUUUAUCUGCAGAUGAGUCUCAUUUUUCCUGCAGCUGGACACAGGACUGCAGCACUGAUGCAGCCUUUCUCCGCCCUCUUGUGGUCAUCGCUGGUACAGGCUUUAUCUCUACUUGGUCUUGAAACUGGAGCUGAACAUAAUCAGCCAUGCAAACUGAAACGCUUAACUGAGUCCCUGCUUCUACAAUGCACCAACUGAGGUCUGCUGUAGUUUGUUAUUUGCAACCAUCUGUUGCAGUUGCAAGAAAAACAACUUAAGGUUUGAGAUAUAUGUUGUUUGAGAUGUGUUUUGCAUCAUCUUUUCAGUGUCAGUAGGGAAGAGAUUGUGUUGUUUUUUCUCCUCUUUGUUGCCUUAACUUUCUUUUAGUGUUACUGACAAAUUUCUGUCAGUGCAGAUGAUAAACAACAUACAUGUGCACAACACAGCACUUUUUAAUGGUUUGAGUGCAUGGUUUUCUUUGAGUGUGCACAUCUACUGUACGUGUGUGUGUGUGUAUGACAGUGUGUGUGUGUGUAAAAUAUAUCUUAUUUGGACGAGUUGCUAACCUCACCUGAGGUCUGUUUUCAAACUCAACUGUUUUCAAAUAGUUUCCUGAUUCAGUAUCUGAGUUACAUUGUUUGAUGGAGACAUUUUACUUUGCCUGUGUACAAGGGCUGGGUGAUAAUUUUCAGUUUUAAUUUUCAGUGUAAUUAUAUUGAGAUAUGACCUUAUCAUGUUAUCACUCUACAAAUGACUUUUGUCCAAACUAAUUUAUCAACAAAUAUAGUGAAGUUUUUGUUUUGCACUGAAACGUUUGCUCUCAUUAAAUGCAUAACAGUUCUUUGCUUUGAACUUCACUUAGAUUAUUUUAUGUGAUUUUUCAUAUAGUACAUUUGUCUUAUCAUGUCAUGUAUUGAUGACAGAAAAUAUCCUUAUUUUUAUCAUGUUGAUUUUAUCACCCAGACACAGCCCAACUAUGUUGUAAAAGCAUCUGCAUAUGUUCAGUGUCGCUUUCUGUGGGAAACUAAUGCCACUGAAACUCUUAAGCACAACUGUUGUACUGAAUGUUUGUGUGACUCUGUGUUUGUCUUAUUUUAUCACAUUUAAGUACAAUCUCAAGUCAAAGUCAAGUUUAUAUUCAAAUCUGUGAAUUUCAUAAAAAAAAAAAAUCACAGUUCUGGUGUUUUCUCUUGAGUGCAGAUCAUGUUGCCAAGUGUGUUUUCCAGAAUCUGUAUUUUUAUUUUGUGAGACACAUCUGAAACGACCAGAGACACAAACAGUCAUCCAAACCGCUCCACAUUAUUCUGAACGCACGCCUUAAACAGUCUGGAUUCCCACCACCCCUACCUGCCUCCUUACAGGAGCCUGUGAUGGUCGCUCUUCUUUCUGUCAGGGAGGACAUCAGGAUGUGCUCCUGCAGCUCUUCCUCUCCUGCCUCCUGAGGACUGUGCUAAGUGCACUUGAUGUAUACAAAUGUAGCUUUUUAAAAACAGUGAGGACACUGGACCUUGUUUUUUUUUUUAUUCUUGUUUUAGAAAAUAUGUGCAAUUCCUCUCAUCUCCAAGAGCGCUGCAGCAGUAGCUUUGUUCCCUGAAGUAAUUUCAUGCUGCCUUUAUCAACCCUGAUUCUGUUGAAUUCUUCUCCACCAAAAGGUACAAUAGCUUUACAGUAUGAAGCCCCACUUAUUCUGUGUUUUUAUUUUAUUCUCUCCUCCUCACAUAUUGAUGAGUGGUGUCUGGUUUUGUAUUUUUCUACUUGUAAACCGUUUACAGGUGCAGUAUGCAGAUACUAAUGGUAGCACCUCAAUCAGUAAAUGUACUAUUUGAACUUACAGUGCAGAAUCAAAGUUGUAUUGUACAGUAUAACAAUAAAAUUAUAUGACAUGC